AUGCUUUCGCUCGUUCAGACUGCCUUGGCCUCCUUCGCAGGCCUCAUAGUCCUUGCUCUCUGGAAGAUAUGGCCCAUGCUCUCUCGGGCGUAUACCUCGCCCCUCAGGAACCUCCCCGGACCGCCCAGUCCCAGCUGGAUCUAUGGGAACAUCAAGGCGAUUCAAGACGAGGACAACUCCGUCCCCCAAGAACGCUGGGCUGCAGAGUAUGGGCCCGUGAUCUCCUACAAGGGUUUCUUCGGUCUUAGCCGCCUAUGGACGACGGACACUCGCGCGCUCAAUCAUAUUCUCACACACUCGACAGACUACCAGAAGUCGGAGGCGGCGCGCAGGAAUGUGGCAAAAAUACUUGGGAAAGGUGUCCUCUUCACCGAAGGGGACCAACACAGACAACAGAGGCGCAUAAUGAACCCGGCCUUCGGCCCUGCGCAAAUCCGCGAACUGACUCCGAUCUUCGUUGAGAAAGCCGCAGAGCUUCGAGACGUCUGGGAUGCUCAACUUGCAGCAGACGGCUCGCCGACGCGCAUCGAGGUCCUCUCAGGCCUAAGCAAGAUGACACUUGACGUCAUCGGCCUUGCUGGCUUCAACUACAACUUCAACUCCUUGAGCGGCAAGCCGAACGAACUGAACGCGGCAUUCCAAGAAGUGCUCAACCCGGGCGCCAACUUCACGAUCUUCACGUUCCUCAAGAACGUGUUCCCCGCCCUCGACAUCUUCCCCGACGAGCGCGCGAAGCGUUUAGACCAUGCGCAGGACGUCAUGCGCCGCAUCGGCCUCCAGCUCAUCGAGGAGAAGAAGGCGCAGAUCGCGCGUGAGAUGUCCGAGGGCAAGAGCGGCGGCGUUGAGCGGAAGGAUAUCCAAGGGCGGGAUCUGCUCACGCUGCUUAUGAAGGCGAACAUGGCGACGGACAUCCCCGAGAACCAGAGGCUCUCGCACGAAGACGUGCUGGCUCAGGUUCCGACGUUCCUUCUCGCCGGCCACGAAACGACUAGCACUGCCACGAUGUGGUGCCUGUAUGCACUCACACAGGCCCCCGAUGUACAGAAGAAGCUCCGUGACGAGUUGUUCACCCUACAGACCGAAGCCCCCACGAUGGACGAACUCAACGGCCUCCCGUACCUCGACGCGGUCGUCCGCGAAACCCUGCGCAUCCAUGCGCCGGUCCCCACGACGAUGCGCGUCGCCACAAAGGACGACGUGAUCCCGAUCAGCGAGCCGUUCGUCGACCGGCACGGGAAGGUACAAGACAGCAUCCACAUCUCAAAGGGCAGUCCGAUCAUCAUCCCCGUGCUGUCCCUAAACCGAUCGACGGAGCUGUGGGGCGCGGACGCGCUCGAAUUCAAGCCUGAGCGCUGGAUUGACCCCCCGGAGACGAUCUCAGGAAUCCCUGGGGUAUGGGGCCAUAUUCUUUCCUUCCUCGGUGGCCCCCGCGCGUGCAUCGGGUACCGCUUUUCCCUCGUCGAGAUGAAAGCCUUGCUCUUCGAACUUGUGCGCGCGUUCGAGUUCGAGCUCGCCGUGCCGGCAAGCGACAUCCAGAAGAAGACGAGCAUUGUGCAGAGGCCGCUCCUCCGCAGCGCGCCCGAGCAGGGCAGCCAGAUGCCGCUGCUCGUCCGGAGGUUCAAGCGCGCCCAGUGA